GAUAAUGCACCGGCACUCAUCAUUUCGACUCUCUUUCUCGUCUUCUUCAAGCACCAGCUCCUCUAUCUUGAAAACCCUAAUUACCUCUUUACCGUAUACAAAUGGCGGCAAUCUCUACUCUUUCAUCCACCGCUCUUUUCCAGCACCCAAGCAACAGUAUCAGAAUCACCAAAGUCGCUUCUUUGCUCCCCAAAGAAGAUUCUUCGCCAUAUUCUCUGGCUCAAAGUUAUCGCUCCAUGUUCUCCUACAGAAGUAUACGAAAAUUUACGGCGAUAUUUGCUGUAACAGCUGAAGCACCCUCUGCCACUUCAAGGGAUCAAGCGGCGAAGCGUAGACUCUAUGUGGGUAAUAUUCCUAGGAAUGUUAAUAAUGAGGAGCUGGCUAAUAUUUUUGGAGAGCACGGUUCGGUUGAGAAGGCUGAGGUUAUGUAUGAUAAAUACUCUGGAAGGAGCCGACGCUUUGCAUUUGUCACCAUGACUUCAAUUGAUGAUGCUAAUGCUGCUAUUGAGAAGCUAAAUGAAAAAGAAAUUGGAGGUCGGAAGAUCAAAGUUAAUGUUACAGAAAAACCUUUGAACUCCAUUGAUCGCUCUCAACUCCAAACUGAUGAAUCUAAGUUCAUUGAUAGCCCCUAUAAAGUUUAUGUAGGCAACCUUGCUAAGACAGUGACAACUGAGUUGCUUGCAAAGUUCUUCUCAGAGAAAGGAAAGGUUCUUAGUGCAAAAGUUUCCCGGGUGCCAGGAACUUCAAAAUCAAGCGGCUUCGGAUUUGUUUCAUUCUCUUCAGAAGAAGAUGUGGACGCUGCCAUUUCCUCAUAUAACAACGCUCUGUUUGAAGGGCAACAGAUCCGUGUUAACAGAGCAUAAAUGAUGCUGACCAAGUACUCGUCAUACAGGAAGAGUAUUGUCAUUUGUAUAUCAGGUUAGUUUCUCCAUCUGGAAAAUUCCCAGGUAAAUAUUCUAUUGUAUAUGAGAUAUGACUUGUCACUUGUAACAGCCUUUGUAUUUUUGAGUGAUGAGUUCCAGUUUACUGAAUUUGAACAUUAAAACUUCUUCCCAGUUUUUUCUCUC